AUGGAAUACCAUCAACGUCUUGUUAGAUCUACUUCAAGUGGUGCAAUAUUAGAUUACCCAACUAAUGAUGAUUGGAAUAGGCUAAGUGAUUUAUGUGAAGUUUUAAAACCUAUAUACAUUGCUACAACAUUGUUAUCAAAUACAAAAUAUCCAUCACUUGGAGAUGUACGUCUUACAUUUUUGGGGAUUUUAAAAAAUUUAAAUGAUAUUAUUGAUAAUGAUCAGAAUGAGCAAUAUUUAAUAGCAGAUUCUGUUAGGCAUAAGUUGCAAAUCUAUUGGAAUUUAAUUAAAAAAAAUACAAGAAUCUGUUCAAUAUUAGAUCCCCAUUCGAAAUUAAGACUUUUUUUUAAUAAUGCUGAUAUCAGUGAAGUUAACAAUGAUGUUAAAGAAUUAAUAACUGAGCAUAUUUCAAAUGCAAACAAUAAUAGCCAUAAUAAUAAUCAAUACCCUAUUUCACAUCAUGUAUAUUUUUAUAAUCUUUUCACUACUAAUAGUGAUAACUCUAAUACUAAUGAUCAAAAUAACAUAGAUGAAUACAAUAAUUAUCUCAAUUUGCCUUCAAUUUCAGAUAACAUUAAAGUAGAUACCUUAACUUGGUGGAGAGCACAUCAAGAGGAAUUCCCAACACUAGCAAAAAUAAUGAUAAUUUAUUGA